AUGAAGAGGCUCUAAUUAGCUGGCUUACAAUUGUUCCAGAAACAACCACCUUGAGUCCUCACCAUCGUUACCCCUUCUCACUUCCUGCCCUCUCUCUCAAAAACAUACGCUCCUAAUUCUUUUAUUCCUGCUAGACUGGAACUUUUUUCAGAAAAUAAAUCUGGACUUUGAUACAUGGUGAGAGCUAUUACUUAGUGGAAAAGCUAUUUUUUUGGAGAAACUAUGAGUAUGAACUGAAGCUGUAUAAUUUGGCUUUGUGGGUACUUGGUAUUAUCAUAACUGCAGGCCGAAACAUCAAGGUUUUGGAGUGUGUUGUAAGUUGUGAAAUUUCUGAGGUAUUGAUGAUCAUGGAUCAGUCCUUGAGAGGUUUGUAUGGUUCUGUAAAUGGAUUGAAACUAAGCAAUGAAACCCAAUCUGCUUCAUCGGUUCAGGAUCUUGUUAAUGCGUUCAAGUUGGAUAACAACCGUGUCAACCAAAACUAUGUAAAUAGUACUCGUGUUCCGCCUGAUUCAACACCAAGUAACUCAGUUCUGUCCGCAAGCAUGAGUCAAGAGGGAGAUUCUCAUGAAGAUUUUGAUUUCAGUGAUGUGGUUCUGAAAUAUAUUAGCAAGAUGCUAAUGGAAGAGGAAAUGGAAGAGAAGACAUGUAUGUUUCAAGAAUCUUCAGCGGCACUCCUAGCUGCGGAGAAAUCGUUGUAUGAGCUUAUUGGGGAGAAGCAUCCUUCUGCACCUGAUGAUCCUGUACAAUUUUUAGAUCAAAAUCAUGAAAGGCCAGAUGAAAAUCAUGAUUUGAAUUGUAGUAAUUGUACAAGCAGUACAAGCAGCAGCAGUGGCAGUAACUUGUUGGAUCAUGGGUCGAUUUGUGAUCUUGGCGAGUACAAGUCCUCGAGAUAUGCUUCUCAGUCAUCCUAUAGUCCAGGGAACAGCAGUGUUACUGUAGAUGGAUUUGUCGACUCUCCAGUUGGUCCUAAUAUGGUUGCUGAGAUAUUUGGGGAGAGUGAGUCUGUUAUGCAGUUUAAGAAAGGGUUUGAGGAGGCCAGUAAGUUCAUUCCAAAUGGCAAUCUGCUUAUUGAUUUGGAGAGUAAGGGCUUGUUUCUAAAAGACCUGAAGGAAGAUGUCAAGGUUGUGUUAGCUACGGCAGGGGAGAAGCGUGAGAAUGAUAAUUACGCAGAUGGUUCGAGGGGGAAGAAGAAUCCUCAUCCUGAGGAGUCGGCUUUAGAGGGAGGUAGGAGUAACAAGCAGUCUGCAGUUUACUCUGAAUCAACUGCGAGUCCAGCGGAUUUUGACAUGGUAUUGCUCAAUUGUGGAAAAGAUGACUCUGCCCUCCAAGCAGCCUUGCAUAACGGGGAAAGCAAGAGUGUACAGCAGAAUGGACAAGCCAAAGGAUCGAAUGGUGGAAAAGCUCGAGGUAAGAGGCAGGGAGGUAAGAGGGAUGUGGUGGAUUUGAGAACUCUCUUGACUCUUUGUGCACAAGCUGUUGCAGCAGAUGACCGGAGGAGUGCAAAUGACCUGCUGAAGCAAAUCAGACAGAAUGCUCCAUUGACAGGGGAUGCCAUGCAGAGACUAGCCAAUAUUUUUGCUGAUGGUCUCGAAGCACGCUUGGCUGGCUCGGGAACCCAGAUUUACAAAGCACUUAUUUCCAAGCCAACAUCAGCUGCUGAUGUUUUGAAAGCUUACCACAUGUUUCUUGCCGCUUGUCCGUUUAGGAAGCUGUCUAAUUUCUUCUCAAAUAAAACAAUUAUGAAUAUAGCCGAAAAUGCAACAAGGGUUCACAUUGUUGAUUUUGGCAUCAUGUACGGUUUCCAAUGGCCCUGCCUUAUUCAGCGCCUCUCAUCCAGACCUGGAGGACCUCCCCAUCUGCGGAUUACUGGGAUUGAUCUCCCAAAUCCAGGUUUCCGACCAGCAGAAAGGGUUGAGGAGACAGGACGCCGCUUAGCAAAUUAUGCAAACACUUUCAAAGUUCCAUUCAAGUUCAAUGCUAUAGCACAGAAGUGGGAAACCAUUAAAAUUGAGGAUCUCAAGAUUGAUAGAAAUGAGGUGCUUGUCGUGAAUUCUGUGUAUAGAUUAAGAAACUUGCUUGAUGAGACUGUGGUGGUGGAGAGUCCUAGAAAUAUCGUUCUCAAUUUGAUCAGGAAUAUGAAUCCUGAUGUCUUCAUACAAGGGGUAGUUAAUGGAGCCUACAAUGCUCCAUUCUUUAUCACACGCUUCCGAGAGGCCCUGUUCCACUUCUCCACUUUGUUUGAUGUUCUGGAGGCUAAUGUGUCUCGUGAGGUUCCAGAGAGGUUGCUUAUUGAGAAAGAGAUUUUUGGGUGGGAGGCAAUGAAUGUAAUUGCAUGCGAGGGUGCAGAGAGGAUAGAGAGGCCAGAGACAUACAAGCAGUGGCAGAUGCGGGUCCUAAGGGCUGGGUUUAGGCAGCUCCCUUUGAAUCGGGAGAUUUUUACGACAGCGAAGGAGAGGGUCGAAGCUCUCUACCACAAGGAUUUUGUAAUUGAUGAAGAUAGCCAGUGGUUGCUCCAAGGGUGGAAGGGCCGGAUUGUUUAUGCACUCUCUUCUUGGAAGCCUGAUUGUUAAAUGCGUUUGAGUUUUAUUUGUGGAUCGGAAGGGUGACAGGAUUCUUCAUGUGGCUGACAUGGUGCCUUUGUGCUAUAUCAACUCUGUUGUAGAUUUCUGCUCAGAAUUUGAGGGAUAGUGGGAGUAGAGUUUUGGCUGCUGCUCACCACAAUUCUAUUUGAUGCCCGUUGUUCAAGUAGCAGUAAUAUCAAUUUAUAAGAAAAAAUUCAACUAAUGUGUUGCUUGACGCCUGAUAUUUCUCAUGUCACCAGUCAGAAUGGUCUAUAUCUUGGUGAAUAUGCACAAAAAGGGCUUAAGAAACUUAAAAGAAAGCCACCCCGACUCUAGUUCAGUGUUGUGGUUAAACAAAAGAUAUCUGUAGCAGCGAUGAUGUUAAAGUUAAUGCUGGUGGGUCGUAGAAUUAUGAUGAUUUUUAGGAAUCUCUGCAGUCAAAGAAGAUAAUGCAUGCGCAUUGUUGCCCAGGUUCUUCUUUGGACAGUUUUUGGUGCAAGCAGCAAUCUUGGUUCUGGAGUCAGAAGUGGUCUCUGUGCAUACUGUCCACUUAAAUGUGUCAUUCUAGCUCUAAAUUUAUUAAUGAAAUUGCCGCCAAGAAUACUCUUGUUCUUGGUUUUUGUUGUUUA